UUGGCUUAAAUAUAUAUGCAUUUAGACUACUUAGUAUCAAUAUACAUUAAAAUAAUAAAUAUGCAUUUUGUAUACAGUCAAAAGUAUUGACAGUAUUCAUUUAUAUAACUAUAAGCAAUUACAUUAAUUCUUAACACAGUAAGAAAAUAAUGGCGACAUUUUCAAACAAGGCGUUUUAUUUUAUUUUUAUUGGAGUACAUGUUAUAAAUGUUAUGUCUAAUACAUCCGAAGUAGUGUUCGUAAUAGAUAAAUCAACACAAUUGCAUACGCAUAAUCUAACGACAUCUUUAUUGUAGUUUAAUCCAAUGUUAACAUACACUGUACGAUUUAAAAAAUUCGAAGUAAAACCUAACUUCACUGUUGAUUAUUAUUCGAUCGAUCGAUACAAAGAUGCACAAUAUAUGAAUGGACAAAUUUCAAUCUAUACGAAACAAUUAAUCAACAAAGUUAUUGCAACGUUUUAUCGUUGUGACUUAGAUGGUAUUAACUGUGAAUAUUUCCAAACGUGGAAAUUAACAGAUAUCUGUCCUAAAUUAAAGGACCCAAAUCAAUUAUGGUCCAGAUGGUACAGUUCAUUUGAUCCACCAAUGCAAUAUCCAGUAAAUAAAGUACAUUAUAAAGUUAAAAAUGCAACUGUUGAUAUUGGUGCGUUACUUUUGUGGUAUCCUCAAGCAACUGAUUACCAAUGGAAAGUACUUCAAAAUGUUUAUGCUGACGAUAUAUUUGUUGGUAGUUACACGGUUGAAGCAUCAAUUUUUGGUUACAGAAAAAAAAUCAAGUCAAUUUUUAAACCAUAAAUUUUAUUUAUUCUCAUAAGAUUUUUUUUUUAGGUACCUAAAUACAAACACAUUAAUAAUUGUACUAUUUAUUUAAUUCUGUUAAUACAUAUAUAUAUAUAUAUAUA